AUUGUGAUUAGUAUUAUAGUUCUCGUAUCUUCUCCACAGUUAACACAUCCAUCCACAAUCUACAUUGAAAAUGAAAUUCUUCGUGAUCUUCAGCUGCAUGGUCGCCGUGGCGUUGUGUGCCCCAACGAGUUCAGUAAGAGAGCUGCCCGCCGUACGCCACGAGGAAGUUCAUGAUGAAUAUGGACAGUACGCUCUCCGGUACAUCACAGCUGAAAACACCGUGGUGUCUGAACGAGGACGCCUGGUUCCUAGCAAAGAUGGUGGCUACGUCCUAGAAAUCGAUGGCCAGUACCAGUUCGUUGGUGAUGACGGACAUGUGUACGUCACCAAGUACAAAGGUGACGCUGACGGUUUCCACGUCGAUGGUGCUCAUCUUCCUCAACAAGUCCCUAUGCCAACUGUAUGA